GGUCUAUGUAUUUAUUGUGCGAGUUUCAUGCUGAUGGCGGUUACUGGUUCUUAUGUUAUGUCUUGAUCUGAUUUGAUGAUGUGAUGAUUGUUUGAUUGUUUCGUUGUUUUCUUCGAUGGGUAUUUAUGUUAUGUUAUUUUCAUUCAAAACUAUUCUAUUCUAUUCUAUUCUUUUGGAUUUAUAUUACCCUCUCACCUCUCACCUCUCACCUCUCACCUCUCACCUCUCACCUCACGCCGACGAAAAUCUCAUCUAGUAAAAACCAUUGGGAUCGGGAAAAAAAAAACUCGACAUGCAUUCCCGAGAAGAUGAAAAGAUGACGGAUCGUCUAGAUAGAGAUGACGAUUCGUAUUUUCCUACUGUGGAAUGGCCCUCGCAACAGUCUACCUGGCGAGCGAGCUCUAAGUCGCUGGUUUGUAGAUUUGCUGGGUCUGGUGUUGCGGAGCUUGGAGAGGCGGCUGCACGGUUUGUGGAGGAGAGUGAUGAUAGGCCGCUUGUUUUCAGACUUGCUGGGUCUGGUGUUCUGGAUUCUGGAGAAACUUCUUCACUGGUUGUGCGGGAAAAGCGUAUGAAGCCGCUUGUGCAUAGACCAGCCGUACAUGGUUUCCUGGCUGUCGAAGAGACUUCUCCACAAGUUGUAAGGAAAACUCGAACGCAGCCGCUUGUUCUCAGACCAGCCAUACCUGAAAUUACUGUAUUGCAUGAUAUCGCAGAACGAAAGCCAACCAUGCGACUGCAAUCUACUCUUCCAUAUCGAUCUCGAGUUACAGACGAGUCUCGCGAUUCAAGACGGAGAUACAAACAGUCUUUGAGGAAGUGGAUAGAACGUAAGAGACGACGCGAAGAAAGGGAGAGAUGGAGUGGCAGUGAUAGCCGAGAAAGCGGUCGGGUUGGAAAUUCGCAUCAUGAAAUCGAUCUUGCUAUCAUCGAGCGAAGAAUCUUGGACUCACUUUUGGAUUACAGUCACACGGUUGGCAAAGAAGAAAAUGAGUUGAAAGAUUUCGUUGGAAAGGAGCAUACUCUUGAAGAAUGGCAGGGCUGGGGUAAAAUGCUAGUCGAACGAGCGGAUAAAAAGAAGAAAGAUUGGGAAGAGUAUAGGGAGAAGAGAGAGUUGAUGGAUUAUAGAGGUCCAAAAAUCGAUGGAUUAAUGAAGGGAAAGUGGUCACGGGAGCAUCUUUUGAUUCGGUCGAUUUAUUAUUGUCUGGAUAAGCUUGAUAGGGUCCUUGAAGAAGCAAAGGAAUGUUUGCGCAAGACUCACUGCGAAACGAAGGAAGUCGACAGCGAAAGGGCGGAGCAAAGUGUGGCAGGGCGCGAGAAAGCACAGUUUGUAGAGACUUAUUUGCGGGUUUGCAUUGACUCUGAUGACGAUGACCCGUCGGCUAUGCGACCGGCAAAGCGCAAGCAUUUACCUCUCCGAAUGAAGAAAUGAAGAACAGUCACGCGUGCUAGUACUGGCGAUGGGGAUGCGUAGACUAGGCCGAACGCUGAGGAUUCUAAGAAUAUUGAUACAGAGUGCAAGCACAGUUUAUGGAUGUGGGAGAUACCAAGGCUUGGGAACGAAAAUUUCGAGAACUGUUGGGAGGCAUGAAAUAUGUAGUCAGAUGAACAACCGAGGAUCAGGAGUGAAAAUAGAUUUAACACUUAGAAUUUCACGAGGCAUGGAAAUAAGAAAAUUAUUUGGGCGUGCAUUGUCGUGAAUCA